GAUCGACCUGGAAUCGAGACGAGGAGCGCCCUGAUAUUUUUCUCUAUUGUCGUCAAAAGUGUUUACAACACUUUUUAAGCCUAGUUCGAUCUCCUAUUCUUUAUACUCCAUGCUUGACAUCAUGUUUCUGAACUAGAUAACUUUAUAUUUUGUGCAGAGACUUAUUUCUUGUUUCCUAUUCUCUGUACUCCUGAAGUGCUCCAACUUUUACUUUCUUUGGCAUAAAAAUAAAAGAUUUGUUACUGCAAAUUCAAUAUAAAAAAAAAAUGCCUCUGCAAAAGAACAUCAAAUUAAUAAAUUGGCGAGGGUUGAACCCAAAACCACUUCCCUGGAUACGCCCAUGGACAUCUACAGUGGCUUAUGGGACUAGCGCAUGGUUAUCACUGUUAUACUUUACAGACUGGAAAGCAGUGGUGCGAUAUAUUCCAUUUUAUGGUAGCAAAUUUCAAGAAUAGAUUACGAGAUCAUUCAAUAAGAUUAUGUAAUAGUUUUAUUGGAACGAUAGAGAUUCUAUUGUACCAUGCUAUAUUUACAUCUGAUCUGUUUAUUUAAAUUAUAAGAUAUUAAUAAAGAAACAUAUGUAAAUUGAUAAA